CAAGGUGGGGUUUAGGUGCGCUCCUGCAGCAGUUAGGAUCCGGAAGAAUCGGUGGCAAAUCAAAGUGUGGUAAUACAUGAUCGAAAAUGUGGUGGAGUAAUAAUAUAAUGUAACGCACAGAAGCACGGUCGGCGUGCACUUGUACACUUUAUAAAUCUCAGAUUGAGUUGUGAUGACAGAGUUUCGGUUUGAGUGAUUCAGCAUUGCACAGCACGUUCUGCCGGUUAUUCACAGGUGGCACCCGAGCGAGUAUUGCUGUGUAGUCUGCCUUUGUUGCGCAGGGAGGAAUCUGAGAGAAGACAACUCCAUUAUCCAUUAUUUUUUUACAUUUUUUUAAUUAUAUAUGAAAAGAAAGAUGUGGGGAGCAGCAAUAAUAAUAACCGUUGUUGUGCUUUGUCAGGGGGUGCCCUCACGUGCGACAGAUGCUGCUGCUGAGGUGGUGACAGUGGACAGGCUGGCUACAGUGGGAGAAAGCGUGGUUUUGUCUUGCAACAACGCCGCGGUGAAUGCAAGCCCUGGUGUAACAGAAUGGUCAAAGGAUGGCAAGCUUGUUCUGCGUCACAAUUCCACCUCCACGGAGAAGUUUGUCGCGGACAGCCGCCUCGCCAUUGUGAACAACAGCGCCUUACAGAUCAGCAAUGUGUCGGGUUCAGACGAGGGCGUGUAUUUGUGUAACGUAAUGCCGUCAGACAUCCAGGAACAGAACCAGCAUCCUAUUAAACUGGUGCUAGUCAGUGGUCCAGAUGCUGUAUCGAUUAAUAUCACGCCCGCAGUUGUUCUUCUCAAUGGAACAUAUUACACAAUCCAGGGUUCAGAGGUCACCUAUACCUGCUCCAGCCAAUCCUAUCCAGCACAGGAGCUUUCCUGGGUGUUUGAAGGGCUUGCAUCGAAGCCUCUUAACGUCACAUCAGGGAACGGAACCUCGCUUAGCUUCAAGAAGAUAAACAUCAUACCAAUUGACCAAGGGAACUACAGCUGCUCAGCCAGAAACCCUGUUUCUGGAAAAACUGUGACGUCGAGCAUUGCAAUGCUGGUUUACUAUCGUCCGAGCCGUGCGCCCCGGUGCUCUUCUCAAACGGGGAACAACGCCUCUGAUUUGCUGCUGCUCUGCAGCUGGACCGGGGGCUACCCUGAGCCCACACUGCAGUGGAAACAUGAUGACGAGGAGACCCCAGGAGACUGGCAGCCUGUGCUUAGUGCCUCUGCAGCGAACGCCAGCCUGGACGUGACGAUGAGCAGGACCCAGCUGCACGACGGACAAGUGCUGAAGUGUGUGGGGGAGCACCCGGCCGUCCUGUCCAGAAUGGAACUCCCCUGCUCAGUAAAGUUAAAGGCUCCUUAUCCAGAAGGAGAGCCCAUGAUCACUGGGAUCAGCAAACAGAAUGUUACCUUAACCUGUCAGGACAAAGACGCCCGCCCUCCUCCUAAAAUCACGUGGCUGAGGGGCGUGAGACAGGAGGAGAUCGUCCCCAGCUCCAAAUACAUCAUCUCUCAGGGCGAGGCUGUCUCAACCCUAGUAAUAACCAACUGCUCCAAGGAGAGUGACGAGGGCUUUUACUUCUGUAGAUCAGAGAACCCUGUGGGGGUGCGAGAGCUGGAAGUCCAUCUCUCGAUAAAGUCUUCUGCGUACAAUGUUGGUGGAUUAAUUGGGGUAGUCCUUGCCAUUGUAAUUGUUGGAUCUGGGGGUAUAAUUGGUGCAGUCGUGUAUUUGAAUCGGGAAAGAAUAUUCCUCGGACACCGUGUUUGGAGCGAGGAGAGGAAUGAUGUGCUGAUGCUGGUGGACUCGGAUGACGAUGCCCCUUUUGAGGAUGACGUUUCAGGAUUAACUUCGCUAACCAAUGGGAACGCCACACCAGUGGUGAACGACCAGCACACCACUCGCGACGACCAUGAGGAACCACAGGUCCACGAUGAAGAGCCACAAGAAAAAGAUAUCGCAGACACAUGAAGGAGAUCCAGCCGCUGUCUGUUUGAAAAGCAGAUCAAUGUACAGCUGAUCAGGGAGAUUGCCUUUUGUUUGUUUUUAAUUGGUGGUUGUUAUUGUUAUUUUUAUGAAAAAAACAUUUUUGUAUUAAUAUGCAGUAACAGAUUUGGAUAUAAUUAUGCUUUUUGUAUUUCGCUGUGUGUAUAAUAUUAUCUAUAUAAUCAUAUUUUAAAUAAAAUUGCAUUUUCAAGGUG